GCCAAUGCGCUGCGAUCGCGACGUCGUUCCUUCCUCCCCCACACCGCACAAGGAAAGUCCACGCCGCACAAGGAAAGUCCAAGCCGCCCAUCAAUCACCUCCAUUUAUUCCCUGAUCCUUCCUCCCUCAGCCCGAUGCCGUGAGGCCGCGACCCACCGCUCCGUCGGUUCGUCUCCCUCAGAUCGCAGGGAGGGGAGGAGUGCAAUGGAGGAGUGCAUUGCGGGUGGGUGGCGGCCACUUGCGGCCAGAGUGGCACUGCCAUGGAGGAUCUGAAUCAGAGCUAGAACCAAGGAACUACACAAGGACAAGGCCGCAGUAGGAGAUGGGAGCAGCUCUGUCAGGGCAGCACCAAUCACAUCAGCACAGGCUCGGUUCACACUGGCAGUACGACGUUCAUUCAGUCCGGUUCAGUUCGUGAAUUUUUUGGAUUUCGUUACCGUAGUAUUUUUGUUUAUUUAUGGUAAAUAUUAUCCAAUCAUAAACUAACUAGGGUCAAAAGAUUCGUCUCGCGAUUUGCAGUCAAACCGUGUAAUUAGUUUGUAUUUUCGUUUAUAUUUAAUGCUUUAUACAUAUGUCGCAAGAUUCGAUGUGACGGAGAAUCUUAAAAUUUUUUGCGAACUAAACAAGGCAUCAGCUACCACUUGAGUAUACGAGACGGCGGCACCCAGAGAGCCGAAGCAAAGAGAAACCCGCCAUGACGGGGGGCGGGGAACUCUAACCCGCCAUGGAUCAUGGCGGGGUACACGUCAGCAGGGUCUGCUGCUGCAUGCCAUGUGGCAGCCUUAUUCCGCCGCCAUGGCGGAGUACAGUGAAUUUGCCCAGCCAUGCAUAGUGGCGGAGCCAAACGGCCUAGUUUUGUAAAAACUUUCAAAAGCGUGUCAAAUUUGAAAUUUGUUUCAAAUUUGGGCUAAAAAUAAAAAAAAUCCUCCCAGUUAAAGAUGAGCAUGCAGCCCGCGGGCCAAAGGCACGGCCCAAAGCACGGUCAUUUGGCCCGGCCCGAGCACGGCAUGGCCCGAUUCUAACUGGGCCCGGGCCGGCCCGAAGCACGUUGCGGGCCGUGCUUGGGCCGACCCCUCGGCCCGCUGGGCGGCACGGCACGGCACGCUUUUAACAGCAGGCACGGUGUCGGCACGGUAUCAGAAAUUUUGUGAAAUUUGAAGUAUCAGGUUCUAUGACUUGUGAAACUUGUGACUUUUGGCAAGUAAAAUAUGAUCUGAGAGUAUAUUGUGUUAUGUGAAUUGUGAAGUAUUAAUGUAUGUGACAUGAAUGUAAUGUAUUUAUGCUUUGUUAAAUUCUGUAUUAAAUUUGGUGUUUUUCAUAUAUUGGGCCAUGGGCCGGCCCGAAGCACUAUUGGGCCUCGUGCCUUUCGGGCCGGCCCGGCACGAAAAUCGGCCCACGGGCCGUGCCUGGGCCGUUAGGCAGGCACGAUGGCCUGUGGAGACACGACCCGGUGGCACGCAGGCCAUACGGGCCCGUGUCGGGCCGUGCCGGUCCGGCCAGUUGCUCAUCUUUACUCCCAGUCCCAGCUCCGGCCAAAAUCCUCCCCGCACAAUCUCCACAGCGAGUCAGCUACCACUACCACCAUGGAAGCCUUCUUCAGGCGCCCCUUGGUCUGGCUACCCGCCCGCACCGUUACCGUGGACGGAACCCUCUCCGCCGCGACCGGGGAGCCCAAGGACGGUGAGGACCGCAUCAGCGCCCUCCCCGACGACCUCCGCCGGAACCCGGAACAUCGUCUCCCGCCUCCCCGUCAAGGACGCCGUGCGCACAACCGCGCUCGCCACCCGCUGGCGCCGCGUCUGGCAUUCUACGCCGCUCGUCAUCUACGACUCGCACCUCGACCCCGACGACGAGCCGGCGCGCGUUGCUGCCACCGACCGCGUCCUCUCCGGCCGGGCACCCAGGUCCGUUCGACACCGUCCACCUCGCCUUAUGUUUCUUCGAUGAACACGAACGUGAGCUCGACCAUGG